UUGGUCAACCGGUGGACCAGUUUGAAACUUAUCAACCCUAGUGGGCACCAUUAUUUUAUUAAUUAUUGAGAAAAAGUAAUUAAAAAAUGAAGAAGUAGCCUAUUAUAUUAUAUUUGUUGUUAAUGGGCUUGGUUGAAGGCCCAACCCGUUGGUUUGAAGGCGCGCAGGGCUGACUAGUGACUAGGGUGCGUGGGUGCCGUGUGUGUUUACACUUUACAUUACAGUGCAGCGGCGCCGGCGAGGUGAGUGAAGAAGAAGAAAGAGAGAAUGGCGAGUGAGAAGAGAAAGCGAAAUAACAACAACAAUGAUGAUAGAGGAAUGAAAACGAAAAAGAAGGAAAAGGAAAAGGUGGCAAAUGAAGGAGAAGGAGGUUCUAUUUCUUCUUCGUCGGAGGAGCAAUUGCGUUUUUUGGUGGAUCAAUUUCAGGCCGCCAAGGGUGUUCAACUUUCUUCUCUGGAGUUGGAAUCCCUCACCGCAGAUAGAUGCAUUUUGGAACGACAACAUCAUUCUGAUGAUGUUACACAAUUGGCCAAUACUAUCAAAGCAGCUUUUGGGGCUUCAUGGAAACACCUGCUCUGUGAUUCUGUUUCUCAUGCUAACAUCCCUGCUGGUAGCCCCGCCCUUCUUAUCCUCACUUCCUCUGCCUUAAGAUCCAUACACCUUUUAAGGGGCUUUCGUUCUAUGACAAAAGAAUGUCAACCUGUCAAGUUAUUCUCAAAGCAUAUCAAAGUUGAACAACAGAUUGCUUUGUUAAAAAACCGUGUUAACAUUGCUAGCGGCACACCAAGCAGGAUAAAGAAGCUUAUUGACAUUGAGGCGUUAGGCCUUUCAAGGUUACAAGUACUUGUGCUUGACAUGCAUCCGGAUGUAAAGGGCUAUUCUUUAUUCUCCCUUCCACAAGUCAGAGAUGAAUUCUGGGACCUGUUCAAGAAUUAUUUUUAUGAACCAAUGAUCAAGGGUAAUCUGCGCAUUUGUCUCUAUGGUCCAUACCAGCUGGCUGCUCGUUCAAAAGGCAAAAAAGGACUUCCUGUUCCUGAUAAGUAAUGUACAACAGUUAACCACACCUGCAGUGCCUUGUUUUAGGCGUGUAUUCUUGCAAUUAGUUUAUUAUUGCGAUUGCCAUACUAGUUAUCUUUAAAUGACGUCGGUUUUGUAUACUUGAAGUGUUUGUAGCUCAAAGUAUUUGGAAUAUUUCAAAUUUUGAAUUCGAGGAUUCAAAAUUCAAGUUAAUUCAUCCUUCACUAUUCUAUAA